AAGCUGACGUCAUACUACCUUUGACUCUUUCUCUCUCUUCCUUUAAACUCAAACCCACCUCUCUUCUACCUCUGCGACUCACUCUUUUCUCUUUCUUUCUCUCUCUCUCUCUCUCUCUCUCUCUCUUUCUUGUCCGACGAUUUUUUUUUUAUUCUUUUCUCCGGCGGUGGCGUCGGUCGGUGGAGGAACUGGUGGUUAGUUUGACGGAAGAUGGUGAAAGAUGACUUAUGUAUUACAAUUCCCAGCGAUUUCAGGUGUCCGAUCUCCUUAGAUGUCAUGAAAUCCCCUGUAAGUUUAUGUACCGGAGUGACUUACGAUCGUUCCAGUAUUCAGAAAUGGCUUGAUAAUGGAAACAACACUUGUCCUGCCACCAUGCAGGUCCUUCAAACCAAGGAGUUUGUACCUAACCACAAUCUCCACCGCCUCAUUCAGAUUUGGUCCGAUUCCCAUCACCAACGCCUUCACUCCCCUGUUUCCGACUCUUCUCUUUCCUCCCAUCAAGUUCUUCGCCUCAUCAACCGUAUGGAUGACCAUCGAUCACGUGCUGAUUCUCUUCCGCGCCUUGUUUCUUUCGCUUCUGAAUCGGUGGAGAAUCGGAGGCUUCUCUGUGGAAUUGAUGGACUCGUGCCGGUACUUGUUGAUCUUCUUUGCAAUGUCGAUGCCGGUGAUUUGGUUGACCAAACGGUGAGGUUGUUGCAUUUGAUUCGGAGUGAGAUUGGGGAUAAGGAGAGGUUUGUGAAGACGAUGUUGAAUAGCGAUCGUAAUUGUAUUUCGUCUCUGCUUUUGAUUCUGCGGAAAGGAACCGUCGAAUUGAAAAUCUGUUCUGCUAAUCUGUUGGAAUAUCUCGCAAUCGACGCCGAAGCGAAGAUUGUGAUUGCAGAAACGGAUGGAUUGAUGCGAGAAUUACUCAAAUUAAUCAAUUCUGAAAACGAUACAACCGUAAUUGAAUCCGCUCUAUCAUGCCUAAUUUCGAUUUCAAUGCCGAAACGGAUCAAAAUCAAAUUAGUCCAACUCGGAGUGAUAAAAUCAGUUACGAAGCUUCUCUCGGAGUCGAAUUCGAGUUCAAGCAUUUCGAUGACGGAGAAGGUUCUGAAAGUUCUAGAAACGGCAUCAACGGUGAGAGAAGGAAGAAAAGAGAUCGGAGAAGACUCGGUAUGCGUAGCGGCGAUAGUACAGAAAGUGUUGAAGGUAUCGAACGCGGCGACGGAGCACGCGGUGACGACACUGUGGAGCGUUUGUUAUCUGUUCAGAGACGAGAAGGCGGGAGAGGCGUUGACGAAGGCGAAUGGAUUAACGAAGAUUUUGCUGUUAAUGCAGAGCAAUUGCUCACCGCCGGUACGGCAGAUGGCGAGAGAUCUGUUGAAGAUUUUUCGGAUCAAUUCGAAAUCUUGCCUAUCGAGCUACGAUACAAAAACUACGCAUAUCAUGCCAUGUUAAAGCCGAUUUGGUUUCUUCUUCAUCAUCAUCAUCAUCUUCCUCUUCUUCUUCUUCUUCUUCCCUCCACUUCAAACCAUUUCGAUUUCUCUUUGUAAGUUAUUAUGGAGAUCUCUGGGGAGAGAUUUUACUUUUCUUUUUUUUUUCUUUUUUUUUUUUUUUAAUGUUCAUGUAAAUCAAAGAAAUUUUGUCAGUGAAUACAAACAAAAUGAUUCGAUUUUCAA